UAGACGAGAGCACGAUCGAGCGCGAUAAACUUUCCAGAAUGAGUAGCAGAACCAUCUGUCUUCGUGUUGUAGAACAGUGUCGAUCUCGUAGGUUUCGUUUUACUCACCAAAUAGUUUUACGAGGGAAGGUGCUAUGUUCCAAUUUAAGUACAAACAAGGAGGGACCUUCUCACAGUGAAAAAGAGUGGGGUACAACUAAAGAGAAACAUGGCUAUGGUACUAACGGUGGAUUUGAGAAACGUGACAGGGAGGCUGCUGGUUUAUUUUAUCUGAACACUCUGCAGUUACCAGAAAUGUUACAGAAGAACUUGGACAGCUACCUGAAGAAAUUCCCAAGGAAGGUGUUGGAAAACGAUGGUAAAAAACUUGCAAGGCACAUCAGAAAUAGAGGUCGUCCAACAGACCAGACAUGGCAGAAAUAUAGAGAAUCUAGAAGGCAAAGAGAGGAAGCAAACCAAGCUAAACCAGCUGACAUCUUGAAGCUACAUAAGCAGCAAGGAGAUUCAAUUUUUGAUGACGGAGAUAAUAUAAGUGAAGAUGAAGAUGAUGAAUUUGACGAAGACUCUGUUUCCCAAGAAACAAGUUCUGAGCCACACGAGACUGGUGACAGUGAUACUGAUGAUGAACAAGAUGACAGUCGCACAAAUACUGAAACAACAGACACAAAUGAUGGCAAACCUGCUAUUAUCAAAAAGCAAAAAGUUGUUAAAAAGCCAAGAGGAAGUGAAUACAAACUGAUAAGGUACAACCAAAGAGAAGCUGCAGCUUAUGCUGCAAGCCGUUUACCUGCCAGUUAUGGAGCAACACUCAGAGUGUUUCAUGAAAUAAGUCGGCGUGAGCCUAACUUUAAACCAGAGAAUCUGCUGGAUUUUGGUUCUGGUUCUGGAACAGCAACAUGGGCCGCACAUGAGACGUGGGGAGACUCGCUGAGAGAGUAUCAAUGUGUUGAUGUAUCUCAAGAUAUGAACACUCUGGCUGAAUAUCUCCUUAGAGGUGGAGAGGGCUUGAAACAUUCUCUUCAUAUUCCAGGUGUUUAUUUCAAGAGAUUAUUACCUGUAUCCAACUUGAUAACUUAUGAUGUUGUGGUGGCUUCAUAUGCUCUGAGUGAAAUACCUAAAGCUUCCUUGAGAAAAAUGGCAGUGAUAAGCUUGUGGGGGAAAACAAGUGAUUUCUUGGUUAUUAUAGAACAUGGGAAUACUGAAGGGUUUGAAAUAACAGCUGAAGCCAGGAACUUGGUGUUAAAGAAAGGAGAUGGAGAGCCUGUUGAUGAUGAAUCUUCUGAAGGUAACCAGUACCAGUACCUUGAUGCAUCUGCUGAGGAAAUGGAUGAUGGCUUUGUUUUUUCACCAUGUCCACAUGAUGUCAAGUGUGCAAGAUCUGAUGCUGAAACAAGAGACCAUCCCUGUAACUUUGAGCAAAGAAUUCAGUUGGCUUUAUGUCAGAGGAACACAAAAUUAAAGAAGAGGGGAUUUCAUACAGAAAGGUUCUCAUAUAUCGUGCUCAAGAAAGGAGCAAGAGUUUCUGAAGAGAAGCCCUGGCCUCGGGUUCUUGAACCUGUGCGAUACAGAAAGCGACAUGUUAUUUGUAGACUCUGCUGCAGCUCAGGUGACCUAAAACAAAAGACUUUCACGAAAAAGAAAGACAGUGAUAUCUACAAGUGUGCUCGGCAUUUAACAAAAUGGGGUGACCUGCUACCAGACCCAGAGGACAGAGAGAGGCUUAGGGUGAACAGAAAGGCUGUGAAGUCUUGAUCCAAAAAUAGAAUAGAAAUGAUAUGGAAUAAUUAUGCUGAAUUGCACAGGAAUCAGAAACUGUGCCAUACACCAAAUGCAAAUAUGGUGUCCAAUUUGAAUUGCCAUUGUUCUGGACUGACUAGCCUCGUCUUCACGUGGAA